UGAAUCAAAACAAUGGCCGAUUGGAGCUAGCUAACGUUACGUUAAAAAAAAACAUGAAUUCUAGUUUCAACUGUAGAUAAACAGGUGUGCGUUAUUUAAGACAAUAUCAGUGUUAUGAGCAAAUGAUUCACUAGGUGUACUUUACGAGCAAGAAGCUAGCUGUUUGCGGCCUGCUUUGAGCGUCGCCAUGAGUGAUGUUGUCGAGAAGACUCUGUCUGCUCUCCCGAGCCUCCUUUCGCUAGACUCGCAGGCUGGAGCUGGGAAACUUUCCCCCUCCUCCAAAUUAGGGAAUCUGAUCAAAGGAAUCACUGAACUGACAUCCAAACAUGAGGAGGAAAAGCUUAUUAAAAAGGAACUGGCGUCUAUCAAGGAGCAGGUAGCAUCUCCCAACACCACCAUGCGUCAGAUGAAGGAAAUAAUGGUGAGAGCCAUCUACUGUGAGAUGCUGGGUUACCAGGCGUCCUUCAGUUACAUUCACGCCAUCAAGCUGGCCCAGCAGGGCAGUGUCUUGGAGAAGAGAGUGGGUUACCUUGCUGUAUCCUUGUUCCUUAAUGAAACUGAUGAGUUUCUGCUACUCCUGGUGAACACAGUCUUAAAGGAUCUGCAGAGUACCAACCUGAUCGAGGUGUGCAUGGCUCUAACUGUCGUCAGUCAGAUGUUUCCCAAAGAUAUGAUACCUGCCAUCCUACCGGUGGUGGAGGAGAAACUCACACAUCCAAAGGAGAUCAUCCGGAGGAAAGCAGUCCUGGCUCUGUACAAGUUCUACCUGAUCGCACCGAAUCAGGUGCAGCACAUCCACAGCAAGUUUAGGAAGGCCCUGUGUGACAAAGACCCUGGAGUCAUGACAGCCUCUCUACACAUCUACCUACAGCUCAUCAAGGAGAGCCCAGAGAGUUAUAAGGAUCUGACCGGGAGCAUGGUAACCAUCCUGAGGCAGGUGGUAGGAGGUAAACUCCCCCUGGACUUCAACUACCACAGUGUUCCUGCUCCCUGGCUUCAGAUACAGCUGCUCAGAAUACUGGCCUACCUGGGGAAGGAAGACCAGGGCACUAGUGAGGUGAUGUAUGAUGUACUGGAGGAGUCGUUAAGAAGAGCAGAGAUGAAUCACAACAUUACUUAUGCCAUUUUAUUUGAGUGUGUGAAGACCAUCUAUACAGUUCAUCCUAAGUCACAACUGUUGGAGAAAGCAGCGGAAUGCAUCGGGAACUUUGUCCUAUCGCCUAAGAUCAACCUCAAAUAUCUGGGUCUGAAGGCUCUGACGUACGUGGUGCAGCAGGAUGCUAACCUGGCCCUGCCUCACCAGAUGACCAUCAUAGAGUGUCUGGACCACUCUGAUGUCAUCAUUAAGCGCGAGACACUGGAGUUACUCUUCCGCAUCACCAAUGCCCAGAACGUUACAGUGAUCGUCGAGAAGAUGCUUGAGUUUCUCAGGCUGACCUGUGACGACUACAGCACUAUAGACCUCGUGGGGAAAGUAGCAGAACUAGCUGAAAAGUAUGCCCCAGACCAUGUCUGGUUCAUCCAGACUAUGAACUCUGUGUUCUCUCUGGGGGGAGACGUGAUGCAGCCUGACAUCCCUAACAACUUCCUUAGACUACUGGCGGAAGGUGUUGAUAAUGUGGAGGACAAGCAGCUGAGGAUAUUUGCUGUGGACUCCUAUGUGUCCUUGCUACAGGGGGAGACGGCCAAGCUGCCCCAACGCUUCCUACAGGUCAUCAGCUGGGUGCUGGGUGAGUAUUCCUACCUGAGAGAGGAGGACUUAGACCCAGGCAGCGUGAUGAGACUGCUGGCCAGACUACUGGACCAGAGACACGCCUCUACUGAGACCAGGAGCUGGGUACUGGGGGCCAUGACCAAGCUGUGCUCCAGCCCAGUGUCUUUGGCCCUGGCCAGGAAUGUGUGUGAGAGGUACUCUGGGUCUCUGAAUACAGUGCUCCGGCAGAGGGCCCAGGAACUGAUGAUCCUUAGCCAGGAUACAAAGCUCCGAGCCAGGGUACUGCCAGCCGAGGGAAAGCUAGAAACCCUGGAGGUAGACUCGUCCCUGUCCUUCCUGGAUGGCUAUGUGUCUGAGGCGUUGGCUGCUGGGGCAGCUCCGUACAAAUCUCCUCAUCAGAGGCAGGAGGACCUGGUCCAGGAGAAAGCUCUGAGCCUGGAGCCCUAUGGUCUGUCCCUGCCGGUCAGUCUGUCGUCCUGCAGCAUCACAGACAGACUGACAGACAGACGGUCUCCUACUCUGCUCUCUAUGAGCUCAGGCCUGUCUGGAAUUAGCACUGAGCUAUCUCACCAAGAAGGCUCUACCACUCUGAAGUUGGACGGGGUGAAGAGGGUGUGGGGGAAGGACGGGUACCUGGCCCAGCAGCAGAGUGCAGGAGAGACCCCAACCUCCCUAGUGGAGCUGCCCAGUCCCCUGCUGUCCCCUCAGAGCCCACCCUCCCAGACACAGAAACCCUCCUCUGGACCUGAGCCUGACCAGGAGAAACGGCAGCUGGCCUCGUCGCUCUUUGUUGGCCUGGGGUCCCACAACUCUGUGUGUCUUAUGGGCCGAGCCGAGCCGGCGCCCCGACACUUCAGAAGGAAACCCAGAGGGGAGUCAUCAGGCGCCAGCGAAGGCUCCUCUGACUCCUCCCACUCGUCUCGCAGCGCUGCCGUUGACAACCUUCUGCUUAGCAACCUACUGGACUCGACCACUGUGGCCUCAGAGGGGGGUGCUGCUACCACCACCGCACCUCAACAGAUCUCCCAGAGAACACUGGACCAUACCACUAGCAACGGUAGCCCCCAUGUAGAGGAGACGGAGCAGAGAGUAGAGGCAGGAGGACCUCUCUCUCUGAUCAGGGGAAAUGGCAUGGUGGCUGUUGUACCGCCCACAUACACACAGACAGACCCACAAACACAACAAGAUCUACACCCAGCUCCAGCCCUAGAUAUAACCAGGGACCUCCCUCUCACCUCCCACUUGCCAGCAGAGCUCUCUGGGCUGGCCCGCUCUGAGUUCACCCCCCUCUGCUCGGAGCAGGACUCCAGCCUGGCUCUGUCAGCCUGUAGAGUGUAUAAAGAGGAUGCCUUAGUGUUGCUGGUCUUCAUUUCCAACAACACUGACUCGGCGCUCCACCAGAUGGCGCUGCAGCUCACCUGCAAGGAACUGGAGAUCUCCUGUAUCUCAGGUAGUCCGUUAAAGGAGGUUAAGGGUCACAGUGUGUCGGUUUGUCUGCACACUGUUGUCAUGAAGAGAGCCUCAGUCCAGGUGGAGCUGGCUGGGUUACUGUCCUACCAGAGACCCCUGGGCCAGCCCCAGGCAGCACAGUUCUCACUGAGCCUCUCCCUGAAACACUUCCUCAGGCCGUUGACUGUGUCCACAGGGGAUUAUGGGAAAAUGUGGUUGUCUUUCUCUCAUGACUUGAAGCAGAACCUUCGACUGGUAACAACAGAACACCAAGAACCUCUGACGGCCACACUGGACGCGCUGAAGGGCAAACUACACCUCCACGUUGUCGACAUCAUAGGGUCGGAGGGCAUCGUGGCGUGCCGGCUGCUCCAGGGUCAAGGUCAGGGUCAGCCAUGUCUGCUUCACUGUCGUGUCCACGCCGACUCUCUGGCCGUGUGGCUGCGCUCCCCUGUCCCUGAGCUGCCUGACUCCCUCCUCUACCACUGUCAGAAAGCCCUGACGGAGACCUGAGCCAGGCCGUGUCUCAUUCCAGGAAGUUGUUCCCUUCCUUCUGCUUUCGUUCACCUCACUGAUCUUUUUUUUUUAAGUUAUAUGGCAGCGACUAAGGAUGCGUUUAGACAGGCAGCCCAAUUCUGAUCAUUUGUUUUCCACUAAUUGGUCCAAUCCAAUCAGCACUGAAGAGAAGAGAAUUGGCCUGCCUGUCUAUUUGGUUUACACCUGCCCAGUUGAUUGUCUCAUCGGUGAAGGAGAGUCAACAAGGACGAAGUGGAGGAAACCACUUUAUGGAAUGAAGUGCAGCCCAGCGCUCACAGGCCCCAAGCACCACCACUGAGGGGCCAACUGAAGUACAUAGAAUCUCCUCAUUGAAGCAAUCACACAGAGACAUACAGUGGAAAACAGCUGAUGUUACGUGUCCUUGUCUUUGCAGUACAGUGUUUGCUAUAUAUUUUUCUCAACGGUGAUUUCACGUGGUUUCAUAUUUUUUAUGCUCAUGUAUUUAUUGCGUUUUUAACGGGAACAACUAAUUGUUCUUAUCGCUUCACAUAGCUCUUUGUGAAAACGUGAGCCGUGAACCUCAGAAGGAACUAGUGGAAAGCGUGCUCUGUAUUAGACACCCUCUGGAAAUAAACAAACUUAUUAAAUGAGGAGUUCAGUUGUCUCUCAGUUCUACAAGCUUUGACUUGACUUAAUAAGCUUCCCUAUCUGUGUGAGAAGGAAGUCCAGGAAGUCUAGAAGUCAUGGGAUUCUUGGCCAUGUUUCCCAUUUUAUCUUUUACCUGAUCAUUGGUCUUAUUGGUCUCCUUGACUGUUUCUCUCUUCCUCCGCUCCCACUUCCUCUUCCUCCUCUCCCCCUCUUCCUCCUCUCUCCCUCUCUCUUGUAGCUAUGACACUAGUUGAGCUGCUGUCGAAUGGCUCACAAAAGCUUCAGUAGUUAAUUACAUUAUCAAUAUUUGGAAAGGUAUUAUCAAGGCAGAAAUGUUUCAGUUUAGCAGUACAUGUUAUACUGAACUGUCAUUGUCAUGCAUGUUACGUUCUCCAGACGCUGUAUCUAAUAAUGAUCUAACAGUAUGCAUUUGAUUGAUUUCCAAUUCACAGGCAAGAGCUGAAACCCAGGAGUCAUCGAUGAUUAUAUUUUUAUAACAAUGCAGCAUUUCAAACUUUUAUUUAUUGGAUAUUCUUAUAGAAUAUAUUUGGUUAUCUUGUAAAAUACAAGAUAAAAGAGCUUUAAGUCAAAACAUUUUUGCUUCAUGUGUUCCCCUCAGAUAUCAGUUAGUCUAACGUUAAUCUAUUCCACUACACACGUCCUCCUCAUGCUUGCUGUGCGCCAUAGUCAGGGGACAAAGUUCAUCUGUUAGUUUUCAAUAAUAUUCAAUGUGUGUUCAGAUGCACAUUAUUUUUUGCCUUUUUAGUUUUGUAAAAGCUUGAGUGCUAAAAGUGGAUACUUUUAAAAAAUGGAAUUGAAGAAUUGUAUGUAAUUUGAACGCUAACACAAAGAUAACCAACCAAAAACACCUUAUGCUCUGAUGCCAAGGAGACAUGUUCAUUUUGUGCCUGUAGUACAAAGAGACCUGUGUACUUUAGUGCCUGUCUGCAGUUCUGCUUACUUUAGUUAAUAAACCUGACAUUUAACCGUUUUACUCGUCUAUUUAGGUAAUCAUUCAUUACCUUGAACAUACAACACCAGUAACCAUGUGAAAAGAAGUUUAAGAUUCAAGACUUGAGGAUAAAACACUUGUAUAAAAUUGUUUGUAUCAUGUGCAUAACAACUGUAACCAUUUACUCAAUAAAAUAAGAAUUGUGUAUAAAUAUCUUUGUAAAAACAUUUUAUGACGUUUUUUUUUUUUUUACUAGAAAUUGUAAAUGUACAAUAAAAUAAGUGUGCAUGCUU